AUGUAUCUGGGAAUUGAUGCUAGUGACAUUGAGGAUCCUAUUCUGGGUGCAAACACAAUCACAAAGGUCAUCACGGGUGGAACAUACAGUUAUUGGCGAACUGAGACAAACAUGCUGCCAGCUAAAUCACUAACAACAAAGUAUGCAAUUCUGCACAAGAUUGCUAUGACUAAUUGGAUGCCAAGUAAACACAGAGGGGGACUGAAUAUGCAAAUGGCCAAUCUGAUUUACAGGAUUGGAAAAGGUAUUCCUGUUGAUCUUAGUGAUUUAAUCUUUAAACAUGUGGCCACUUUCAGGAAACCAGCUACCAAAGAAAGCAAAGUGAAACUGCCCUUUCCAUGUACUAUCUAUGGGAUCCUGCAUACACAAGGAUUCAGGCCAGAAGCAAAUGAACAUAUGGAUGCACCCAAAUUCAGACUGAUUGAUGCUAGACUCAAGCAGAGAUCACAUGUGCUUGGUAUUUUUCCAAAACAUGGAAGCAGUUCAGCCCCAGCUCUAAAUAUUGAUGUUCCAUAUACAAGCAGACUCACAGCGCAACACUUAGACAAAAGCAUCAAAGAUCUCAACACUAUCAUCCAAAUUCUUGUUGAAAAGAGAGUAGUUGAAAUGCAACUGCGUGAACAAUUGAGACUAAGAGACCAAGAGAUGACUGCUGCUACUGCUGGACAAUCUGCUGAACCUUCUGCUGAACAAUCUGCUGAACCUUCCAUGACACCUGCUGUUGAAACUCAAACUGCUAACAACCCACCUGAUGCUGAGAUUGCCUUGACCAGCCAAGAGGCUGUUUCUUCAGAAUCUGAGUCAUUCUGUUUCAAAAUUUGGGUUUGCUUUCCUACUUGGUCUUGCUAA